GGCUAAAAACAAAAAAAAACUGAAAAUUGAAUCUUCUAAAGCCAGAGAAUCUUUCAGAAUCUCCUGAUAAUUCGCAUUUUCCAAUAAUAGUCCGAUAUUUCCUCAGUCUCUGUUUAGUUUUGCCGAAAACAAUUUCCAAAAGCAUUAGCAAAGUCAAGCACACACCAACCUACCUACCCCCUUCUCUUUCCCUAUUAUAUAAACACUUAGCUUGCAGGAAUCUCUUUAGUGUACGUAAUUACAAAGAAUAUUUUAGAAGAUUCCUCAAAAAAUGUCGGCACUUGCAGAUUUGAUCAAUCUCGAUCUCUCCGAUUCCACUGACCAGAUCAUCGCCGAGUACAUAUGGAUUGGUGGAUCAGGCUUGGAUAUGAGAAGCAAAGCAAGGACUUUGUCGGGACCAGUGAAAGAUCCAUCGGAGUUGCCGAAAUGGAACUAUGAUGGUUCUAGCACCGGCCAAGCUCCUGGCGAUGACAGUGAAGUCAUCCUCUACCCUCAAGCUAUUUUCCAAGACCCUUUCAGGAGAGGCAACAACAUCCUUGUGAUGUGUGACGCGUAUACACCAGCCGGUGAACCGAUUCCCACUAACAAAAGGCAUGCAGCAGCCAAGAUCUUUAGCGAUCCCAACGUUGUCGCCGAAGUAACAUGGUAUGGAAUUGAGCAAGAGUAUACUUUGCUGCAAAAGGAUAUUAAGUGGCCGGUAGGUUGGCCAGUCGGCGGCUUCCCAGGUCCUCAGGGACCAUACUACUGUGGAGUUGGAGCAGACAAAGCUUUUGGAAGAGACAUCGUGGAUUCUCAUUACAAAGCUUGUCUUUACGCCGGAAUCAAUGUCAGUGGCACCAACGGCGAAGUCAUGCCUGGCCAGUGGGAGUUCCAAGUCGGUCCUACCGUUGGAAUUGCUGCCGCCGAUCAGGUCUGGGUCGCUCGUUACAUCCUCGAGAGGAUCACACAACUUGCCGGAGUUGUUCUGUCUUUAGACCCUAAACCAAUUCCGGGAGAUUGGAAUGGUGCAGGAGCACACACAAAUUACAGUACGAAGUCGAUGAGAGAAGAUGGAGGGUACGAGGCCAUAAAGAAAGCAAUUGAGAAGCUUGGAUUGCGUCACAAGGAACACAUUGCUGCUUAUGGUGAAGGCAACGAGCGUCGUCUCACAGGAAAACAUGAGACAGCAGAUAUCAACACUUUCUUAUGGGGUGUGGCAAACCGUGGAGCAUCGAUUAGGGUUGGCCGUGACACUGAGAAGGAUGGAAAAGGAUACUUUGAAGAUCGUAGGCCAGCUUCGAACAUGGAUCCUUACACUGUGACCUCCAUGAUUGCUGAAUCAACAAUCCUUUGGAAACCAUGAAAGAAGAAACCUUGAGCUUCAAGGAAUCUUUAAAAUCAGUUUAUGUUCAUUCUUCUAUGGUCUUUUUCUCGUUAUGAAACUGUUCUCAUGUGUUCUUCGUUUUAAAAUGUUUGAUUUUCAAGUCUUAAAAUUGUUUCUGAGAAUAAUAGUUCUCCAACUUUUACUUCAUUAUGUUUCUAAUUAAACCUCUACAAAAUUCAGAUUAUAAA